AUGAAAGGGGUGAAAGACUUUCUUCGAAUCCACAAUGUGCCUCAAGAGCUUGGUGAACGAGUGAUUGACUACAUCACCUCAUCAUGGUCUGUGAACAAAGGUAUAGAUACUGCCAAAGUUCUAAACUAUUGUCCAAAAGAUAUGCAAGCGGAUAUUUCGGUGCACCUGAAUCGAUGCGUAUUCAACAGUCAUCCGGCUUUUCGAUUGGCCAGUGACGGAUGUCGACGUUCGUUAGCAGUGAAUUUUCAGACAUUGCACACUGCACCGGGUGACCUAAUCUUUCAUCAGGGUGAAAGUGUGGAUCAAUUAUGUUUCAUUGCCUCCGGUUCUUUGGAAGUGCUUCAAGAUGACGAAGUUAUAGCCAUUUUAGGUAAGGGUGACGUUUUUGGUAAUCCGUCGUGGCGCAACACAGUCUCCGUCCCGUCCGCUGCCAGUGUCCGGGCUCUCACCUAUUGCACAUUGCAUACCAUUCGGCUGGAACGAUUGCGGGCCGUGUUGCAAUUCUAUCACGCAUUCUCGAACAGCUUCACCCGCAAUUUGGAACUGACACAUAACCUGUGUAAUCGUGUGAUAUUUCGUAAGUUGGCUGAUGUGAAACGCGAAAUGGAACUUUCCAUGCGACGUAACAAAGACCCUCCUCUGAGCUCUCUGCCUGCAGGCCAUCCGGUACGAAAACUUAUUUCCCGGUUAAGAAGACCGAGUCAGGCGGGCGAUUUCUCUUUGCGUCAAGGUUUGAGCACCAUUGUGUCUGGGGACAGUUCUCUGGAUGCAUCGGAGAUAGACAAUUCCAGUUUGUCCGGCAGUAUCAUGGCGGAAGCAUCGAAGAGUCGACAGGUUUCCAUGACCGCAGCUGCCCCAGCGAAAUCUACGACUAAGUCUGCGCCAGGUGAAUCCGCGGCACUCUCGAACAGCUGCGUCUCUUCACCGACCACAGUUAGUCCCGAACGAAAAGCCUCACUCAGCCCGACUAACACGGGUCAAUUGGAUACGCACCCGCCAUCUACCCUGUCGAAUAAAACACCCGGUGGUCUGGUGGAGCGCACGCCCGUAGCACCUCCCAAUCCAGCACGUAAAUGGGCUCGGCUGAUUUCAAAAGCAACACAACCGAAACUACAAAAUCUCAACGAAGAAUCUGUUGAUGUACCGGGAAAUGCACGGGAAGCUGUCACGAACACGCGUGCGCCGGAGAAACCACCCGAGGCUCCUGGCUCUACGAUUACCAGUCCGGCUAACACCCCGGAGGUAGGAAAAGAUCAGAAACACACCGAUCCAGGCAAAUCUACGACACAACCGAUCUCAAGCACAAUAGAUUGUAAUUUGUUUAAAGAAAUGUUCCUGCCUUUGCAGCGCGGUAUGACCAAUAUGCAUGAAGAUUUGAAACAACAAAUUGCCCAAGUUAUUCAGCGAAUUGACAAACUCGAAGGACAAGUGGCAACUGUUAUUCAACGGAUACCUCCACCACCAGCACCGAUAGACAUGACCCAACUAGCCAAAUCCUCCACAGAGAUGGAACAAGAUAUCAUCACUGUUCACAGGCCUCGCGUACGGUUGUCACAAAUGAUCAAACGGCGAAAUGAAUUUGAGCUGUAG